ACGGUGAACGUCACAACGAAGCAACUACAUGAAUACAGAUAUAUGUACUUUGCAUGUAGAGUUUGCGUCUGUGUGACGUUGCUGGCCGGUUUUGCAUGCAAGGAAAUCUUUCGGGCCGUGCUUUUUUCGCGUUGAGGGAUGGUGGGACUCAGGAAUGGUCGUGCAGUAAUUUGCACAAGAUCUCCUGGCCCUAACUCUAUUCCACAGACAAGUGGAGGUUUUUUUCGCUUCGUACGUAUGUUACAUCACGUCCUAUCAAACGGAUUGUGGAUGUCUUCUUCCAGUGACGUAAACAUACCAGGGGCGUUGUACAUCACUUUACAUGCAUGCUUUGUAUAGGUUAUAGAUUUGGUAGGCUGGAGAACACGGUACAAAGACAGCGGACAGCUAUAUGGCGGUGCUACCUGGCGGCUAUGGUGCCGUCUUGUUCGCUCUGUUGGCCACCCUGCUCUGCGCCGUCGCUCGGCGGUUGAUAGGUAAAUUCCUGCCAGCGGGGGGCUGCGCUAGGCGAUAUGCCGGGGAGGUCGUGUGCACGUUCCAACUCGUUACGGGGAUGUUGGAAGGAGACGUGGUUAUGGAGGAGAAUGGCUUGGUGGCCUACAUGGUUUACUUGUGGUUUCUGUUUGUUCUUUUGGGAUUCACUUUCGAUGACGACUGCUCAGCUAACCUCGGGCUGGCCUGGCAGGCCUGGCUUCGAGGCGACAUCGAUGCCACGGAUGCCAUUAGUACUUCUGUCGCCCAAGUUCUCGGCGGCCAACUAGCCUUUCCUUACGCCAAGCGGCUCUGGCGGACGGCCCCCACUGCACGCCACGGCAUAAAGUGGCAGGUCAUGAUACAGGAGCAAUGCAGCUCGGCGCUGCAGGCGUCCCUGCAGGGCGGCAUAGUGGCCGAGGCCCUCGCCACGCUGGUGUACUUCGCGGCAAGACGGCAUCUGAUGCCGCGGGGGAAAAUGAGAAGCAUUGCAUUCGACUCGACCGUCCAAGUUGUCAUAAUUGCUCUAGGUCUAGAAUGGACAGGGAUGAUGUUUAAUCCCGCCUUAGCUGCUGCCUUGACCUUCAACUGUCGCAAUCACCCCGUAGGCGAGCACCUUAUGGUCUACUGGGUGUCACCCCUGGCAACCAUCGCUCUGUUGCAUGCUGUGACCACGCGGGGACCAGCGAUACCUGUAACCAAUGGCACAAAGAAGGAAGAGGCGAAAUCAUUGUGACGAGUUGAUUUUUAUCACGUGUUUUUCUCAGUUGCUGCAUUGUCGAUCGAGUUUGGGAUAAUUUACACUUAAAACUUUCAUUGAACAAUUUCUUAACAUUUAAACUCAUCCACGCAAGUAAAUCCUUGCAAACCCAGGCUAAAGUACUUUUUCUACAGAAGCACAAAUGGGGACGACUUCAAUUAAGGGGGGGGGGUUGACAUUUGGAGGCUUUUGUGAAGCGCAAGGAUUAACUGCUCCGACUGUAUCUGCGUUGAUAAUUACAAUAAAAAUAUUAUCAUUUGAUACUAACAACUGGUAUUAAAACCGUCCGAUAUCUGCAUGUCGGUAAAAAGCUUCGUGACGAUUUUUCAUUUUUCAAAUAUGAUAUCUUUUAAAACCACUGAACGCGUAAUGCAUAUUCCUCUCAUCCACGAAUGCUACUUCCUGUUUAUUGUGUUUUACUUACUAGGUGUAUUGCCA